CUCUACGCCGCGCUGCGGUCUCGUAGCUUCUCGUAGCAACUUGCAAACUUUCGAAUUGAACGGCUGUCCAGCGAACCGCGCCGACGACAUCGCAAGUUGAAUUGGAUCAUUAAAAUAUUAAAUCAAAGCCUGGAUCAAGCGGUCUGCGCCCGCGCACGCCGCGCCUCUCCGCGCCACCAUUCCUACGCCGCGAGUCGCUAUGAACGCACGCGUCGCGCGCCUCUACUCUUUAUAAACUCGUUUCGAAAAUAUUCUUGUAUACAGUCGUGAAACUGACAAAUAAUUUAGUGAUUUCUUUUAUAAUCAGUGCAUAAAUUGGAUGAUUUAAUAUUGUUUUAUCAGAGUUUUCUCCAGACGGACAAGUGCAUUGAGUAAGUGUGGAGAAGGCUACAUUCCAAACCGGUGUCGUUCUUUAAUGGACGAGGUGUGUACUACUCUGUGUGUGCUACAGCGAGCGAGGGAAGUGACUGCUGUGUGGUGUUUCAAAACAGUUUCCGUGAACGUACGGCCUCCUUGGAACUGAUAACGGAUAAAUUCACUAAGCAGUUCGCGAGCCAGAAUGUAAUAAGACGACAAAAAGUGGAGUCUAUACAGCGAAACAUGGCUCGCGGAACUCUAAGUGAAAACGAGCGCCAGUGCUUAGAUACGAGCGCAAAAAGUCAACCGGAGCGUCUGCAAGAUGCGGAAAAAACAGGUGACUGCAAAAGUAAUGGCCUGCGAGUUCGCUUCCUGGACGAAGAAGGAAAAACUGAGAGAACCGUCAGCACAGAUGAAGUUGACUACUCUGUCUCUCGCGUGAAGAAGAUUCACAUCUUAAAGAACAGGAGCUCGAGUGAAACGAGUAUACUACUGAGGAAUCCAUCGCUAAUGAAACGUCAUUCCAGCUCUGAAAGACGUUUCAGUGAUGGAAAUACCGACAAUCUGAAUAACAACUCAUUGAGCGAGAAUCUUAAUGGAAGACUGUCCAUUCUGAAGAGCUCUGACAAGACUGACGACACGGAAACCAAAGAUGGAAACCAUUUCAAGAAGCACAGCAAUGUGUACAGCGUCAACCAGGCAAAAACUUUAACGCCUGAGCGAAAGAAGUCAAAUCCUUUGGCGAUGCCCAAAUUGGUCGGUCAUAAAAUGCAUGAGAAUGGUCAGGUCAAGUCUAUUUUGCCCGCUGAAGUGAGUCUUGGUGAUGGGAUUGGUGGUAAAGACUUCACAGCUCGUGCGAUUGGACGAUUGUCCAGAGGAAUCGGGAAGCUAUUGAGGAGGACCAACAGCGUGAGGAUCAGCGACCCAGAUCCUGUCUACAAGGUGGCCUACCUUGGCAACGUGCUCACCGGUUGGGCAAGAGGUGAGAGCUGCAUAGAGAAGCCACUAGCGACGCUCUGGCGCAACUACCAGCAGUCCACCAAGCCCGACGUGGUGAUGAAGCUCUCCGUCACCAACUCCGGCCUCAAGGGCUUCACCAAAGAACACGGCCUCACCGAGUACUGGUCCCAUCGCAUCACCUACUGCGCCAGUCCCCCCCACUACCCGAAACUCUUCUGCUGGGUCUACCGCCACGAGGGCAAGAAGCUCAAGCACGAGCUCCGAUGCCAUGCCGUACUCUGCACCAAAGAAAAUGUAUCAAAGAAAAUCACAGAGGAACUUCAGAUUAAAUUGAAGCAAGCGUUAGUGGAAUUUAAAAAGGACAGAAUCUCUAAACAAAACGCUAGGCUCAGCCUCGCCAACAGUGUUUACGAUAAUCCAAGCAUGCCGAGGAGGAAAAUCCUUCUAAGCGUUGGGUCGACUAACUAUCGACCGCCUCUAGAAAGGUCUAAGUCUGCGCCCAAAUUAGGUGCCAUUGAAGAACUAUGCUCCGAAGAAGAUGAAGAAGAAGCAGAAAUGAAUUCGAAGCAAAGUGUUGAGUCUUGGACGAGAAAAACAAGCGAAGGUAGCAUGGGUGAUGUGUUUUAUAACAGCCACGCUCUCGACAGGCGAAGGCCGGAUAUGAAGUCACCGCGCAAGCUGUCUUGCCCCGAAGGUGUCAUGAGCAGGACCCGAACAGUUUCUGAAGGCAGUUCAGAAACUGUUUCGGACAAAUUGAUCGAACUCCUAGUACAGGAGACUAAAAAGAAUAAAAACGAAAACGAAACUAGUCACGAGAAUAUGGAAUCUAGAUUGGAAGCUAUCGCGGAAUCGAACGAACUGACCGAAGCGGCUGAGAAAAACUUGCAACUGCUGUCUCAAAGUAACUUCCUCGUCACGGACAGCGACGAUGGAUCUGUUUCUUCAGGCUGCGAGACCGCCAGCACGGUCACCUCUGAUACCGAACCAUCCUCGCUUCCCUCGAACUUCCCUCAGGAAGAACAGAAGGACCCCUCCGAAAGUGAAGACGACGCGCCUGUGUUUACCAGGUUGCAGAGUUUUGAGCGCACUCCUAUUAGAGGCAGCAAUAGAAGUUGUUUGAGUGGAAACCAUAAUUCAGCCGCUGAGGAAGUGAAUCAUGUGCCAAUAGGGGAGAAGAAUGCUUUUCGUCGAAGGUCGACGUACCCGCCGUUGGGGAUCGAUCCCAGUAUUCUCAAUUUCGAACCUAUGAUCGAGAACUUGACUGAUGUGGACAGCCUGACCUCCAGCACGGAGACGGAGGUGUUCAAAGGUGCUGGCGACAACGACAGCGCCUGCAGCGACGAGUCGGGGUAUUCUGAACUGAUUGACAAUGGUAAAGAGAGUAUUAUUGGGAACACUAUUAUGGUCUAGAGAAUAUAUUUAUUUAUGCACUCGAACGUAACCACUAAAUUGGGUAGACGCUUAAGUGUUGUGUAGUUUUUCACGUCGUUUUCUAGAAAAUAAGAAAUAACCAUAAAGACUCCCUUGAUGUGCAUUAUUUGUGUUGCUGAAUUUUUAAAAGUGGUUUUAUGGUUUCUGAAAGAUUUCAAUAGAUUUUCUAUUUUCAGCUCCUAGAGCAUUAACAGGUGUACUUUAUACGGAUUUUGAUGUUAAUAUUUCACUCGUAAACUUAUCCGGGUAUAGUGUGGCAAUAACGUACGUGACUAUUGCAACUGUAUAUACAUUGGAUUAAUAUAUUAAAGGCACACUCGUAGCUUAAAUUUACGGAAAUACUUAUACUAAUUUGUAAAUAACAGGGUACAUAAUGUACUUGAUCCAGUUGACGUAUUAUUAUUUUAGGUGUUUGUAAAUAACUAGUUUAAAAGCCUAUGUGAAAUUUGAAAGAGAUUUUAUUGUAUAUAUUGUUUGCUACAUUUGGUGUCCGUCAAAAUGGUUAGUCAAAUAUAUGGAUAUGGAUAUCAUCAUCAAUACAAAACACUAUUAGUUUUGCAUAAAAUAUGGGUUAAAGUAACAAAUUUUAAGUUGUAUCAAUCAUAUAAAAUCUGCCUGAAAAAUAUUACAUAUUUAAAAUUAUCACAAUCCUAGAUAAUUCUUAAUUAUUUUACGAUUAGCUAUCUCCUUUUAGGCACCCAAGUAUUAAAUAAGAGCGAGAUGCACAAGUCGAUAAGGUGAUUAACUAAUUUUAUCUAAUGACAUACUACCUACGCUGUCUGCUUCAAUUUUGUGUAAAUUUAUUUAUUGUUGAAAAUAAUGAGAUUUUUCUAAAAUCAACUUGGUUUGGGCUAAUUGAAUGUGAGGUCCAAAACAAAAAUAAAAAUAAAAUGAUACGUAUUUGUCAACAGAUUAGAAAAAUGUCAACUCAUUGCCAAUAAAACAUAACCAAUGACAACAGAACAUAAUGGCUGAUCUUUAAGUCAUGGAAUUAGUAGGUACUCCGUACAACUUACAAACACCAUGGUUUAAGUAAACUCGACGUGUAACCUUUUUGACAAAUAAAUCGUUAGUAAAUAUGAUUGAAGCAUUUUGUAUAAAUAUCAUUUAACUAUCAACCAACCAUUUUGACGGCCAUAUUGUUGCCCCUUUGUUGGUAUUUAUUAGUUGGUCUGCUGGUACUUACAUUCCACGUCGCUUCAUCAGGCCACCGCCAAUGUUGUAGAAGAUAUUUUUCAAUAAAAAGUAGAAUCAUU